GCGGUAGACGCUGCUGCAGUGACAACCGCUGCGCUGUCGAGCUCAGAGAAGGAACUAGGAAACACAGGGGCUGCACAAUUAACUAGCUACAGUAGAAACAAGGGGAGGCUGCGAACAAGGAAAAUAAAGCAGGUUUUGUUCCAAGGAGCACCUACGUUGCCCUUUGCUGUCUUGACGAAUCGGGGAACUAGAGAAAACGCCAUUUACAAGGUGGACAGUCCGCUGCCUGCUAGCUCGUGGUAACUCUCCGCCAUGCCUUUCCCCUUUGGCAAGUCCCACAAGUCGCCGGCGGACAUUGUUAAGAACCUUAAGGAUAGCAUGACAGUGCUUGAGAAACAUGACAUUUCUGACAAAAAGGCUGAGAAGGCCACAGAGGAGGUGUCAAAAAGCCUGGUGGCCAUGAAGGAGAUCCUGUAUGGGACUAAUGAGAAAGAGCCCCAAACAGAAGCAGUGGCCCAGCUAGCCCAGGAGCUCUACAACAGUGGCUUGCUCAGCACUCUGGUAGCAGACCUGCAGCUCAUCGACUUUGAGGGUAAGAAAGAUGUGGCUCAGAUCUUCAACAACAUCCUGAGGCGUCAGAUUGGCACUCGGACGCCCACGGUGGAGUACCUCUGCACCCAGCAGAAUAUCCUCUUCAUGUUGCUUAAAGGGUAUGAGUCUCCAGAGAUUGCCCUAAACUGCGGUAUCAUGUUGAGGGAGUGCAUCAGACAUGAACCACUGGCCAAAAUCACACUGUGCUCAGAUCAGUUUUAUGACUUCUUCAGAUAUGUGGAGAUGUCCACUUUCGACAUUGCCUCCGAUGCAUUUGCCACUUUCAAAGACCUCCUCACAAGACACAAGCUACUGAGUGCAGAGUUUUUGGAGCAACAUUAUGACAAAUUCUUUAGUGAAUAUGAGAAGUUACUCCACUCAGAAAACUACGUGACUAAAAGGCAGUCUCUCAAGUUACUGGGGGAGUUGCUUCUUGACCGGCACAAUUUCACCAUAAUGACGAAAUACAUCAGCAAGCCAGAGAAUCUCAAAUUAAUGAUGAACCUGCUACGGGACAAGAGCCGCAACAUCCAGUUUGAGGCUUUCCAUGUUUUUAAGGUGUUUGUGGCCAACCCCAACAAGACGCAGCCCAUCCUAGACAUCCUGCUGAAGAACCAAACUAAACUCAUUGAGUUUCUCAGCAAGUUCCAGAACGACAGAACGGAGGAUGAACAGUUCAAUGAUGAAAAGACUUACCUGGUCAAACAGAUCAGGGACCUCAAAAGGCCUGUCCCCCAGGAGGCCUGAGGGAAGGGUGCAGAGGUGGGGGGAGGAGCCACCAGGACCAUGUCUGGACACCAUCCAGACAACCUCUGCUUAACGGACCCAUCAGCAGCUUCUGUUCUGGUUUCUGAACAAAAAUUGAGGAAACAAAUGAAAAACCAACGUAUCCAUAUCAACUCAUCAGAAAGUCGCCUGCUCCUCAGUGAACAUUUUAGUUUUUUCAGUCUUUUUCCUUCAAAAGAAAUAAGAGAAAAUAAUAGAUGCUGCUGCUUUCUUGCACAUUGAGACAUGUUAGGUAUAUUGUAAUGAUACAACAGACAUCAAACAUAGUAACAGAAAAUGUCAGUGCUUUCAAAGUAAGGCAGACUUUCCGAAAA